AUGAUGGUGACUCGCUUAGCGUGGAUGGCGCACAGAUGGCUCGUACUCUGUCUCGCCUGGUCCUUAGCCGCUAAUUUGAAGUGGGGAGCCGAAUCGAUCGCCGCAUUAUCGCCAUAUUUUCAUGCAAUGUGCUGGGGAGUUCCCGCCGUCUUAUCAGUCUCCGUUCUCGUCACAAACUCUGUCGAUGGAGACGUUUUCACUGGAAUUUGUUCAGUUGGAAAUCUCAAUCCCUCCGCUCUUGUCUACUUCUUCUUUACGCCAAUCGUUGUCUCGUUGGCACUCGGAGCAGUUCUUCUCAUCUGUGGCAUUUGGUCGAUGAUCCGAAUUCGAAGUUAUAUCAAGUUACAGCAUGCAGACGUUGAGAGGAAUAUUAGCAAGUUGGAGAAGUUGAUGUUAAGAAUCGGAGCAUUCGCCAUCAUGUACUCCCUUCCAACCGCCAUGAACGCCGCGAUCAUGUGGUAUCAGGCGGUGAAUAUGCCAGCGUGGCUAGAAGGAUGGCUCCACCAUCGAUGCAUUCGACUGCAAGAUCGAGAGCUCUUCGGCUUCACAUAUCCCAUCGACGAGUGUCCGAUGGAUCCGAAAGUGGCGGCUCCAGAGAUAAUUGUAUUUCUUUUAAAAUGUGUAUCUCAACUGGUUGUUGGCAUAACCUGUGCAAUUUGGGUUGUCUCAUCGAAAACGUUAUCGAGCUAUCAUAAAGCGUACCUGGCGCUUUCUUCCAGGUCACCUCCUGUUCCUAAUCAUGUUGAUCAGGUUAAUAUGAGGUGA